AUGAGACCCUCCCUCUUCAAGCCCCUCCUACCCCGCCAUAACUGCUUCUCUGCAGCGAGAACUUCUUCCUCUCUUCCUCAACUCUCCAACACAAUCAGAUCCGUUAGAUUCUUCUCAGCUUCAUCCGCAGUCAUGGGUAACAAGGUUUUCUUCGAUAUUGAGUGGGAGGGCCCCAUCCUCCAUAACGGCAAUGCUACCCGUGACAUUCAGAACCAGCGUGGUCGCAUCAACUUCAACCUCUACGACAAGGAGGUCCCCAAGACCGCUGAGAACUUCCGUGCUCUCUGCACUGGCGAGAAGGGCUUCGGCUACAAGGGCUCUUCUUUCCACCGAAUCAUCCCCGACUUCAUGCUCCAGGGUGGUGACUUCACCCGUGGCAAUGGCACUGGUGGAAAAUCCAUCUAUGGUGAGAAGUUCGCCGACGAGAACUUCAAGCUCACCCACGACCGCCCCGGUCUGCUGUCCAUGGCCAACGCCGGCCCCAACACCAACGGCUCUCAGUUCUUCAUCACCACUGUUGUCACCUCUUGGCUCAACGGCCGCCACGUCGUUUUCGGCGAGGUCGCUGACGAGGAGUCCAUGAACGUUGUCAAGGCUCUUGAGGCUACCGGCUCCGGCAGUGGUGCUGUCAAGUACCAGAAGCGUGCCACCAUUGUCGACUGUGGUGAGCUGUAG